AUGAUGGAGAAAGGGUCCCCCAACUCCAGCGAAGGCCACCAAGGCCGGUUCCCGGCCAGGAACGGCACCAGCAGCUCCUUGGACCUGGAAUCGGUGGCACAGCCCCUCGCCUUGAAUCCAUGGGAUGUUGUCCUCUGCAUCUCCGGGACCAUUAUCUCCUGUGAGAACGCCGUGGUGGUGGUGGUCAUCUUCUACACCCCGGCCUUCCGAGCCCCCAUGUUCCUCCUCAUCGGCAGCCUGGCCACGGCCGACCUCCUGGCGGGUUCCAGCGUCAGCAGCUUGUUGACCAUCACCAUCGACCGUUACUUGUCCCUCUACAACGCUCUGACCUACUACUCGGAGAGGACGGUCACCAGGACUUACAUCAUGUUGAUCCUCACCUGGGGAGCCUCCAUCUGCUACGGACUCCUGCCCAUCAUGGGCUGGAACUGCCUGAAGGAGCCCUCCACCUGCAGCAUCGUCAAACCCCUGACCAAGAACCACCUCAUCAUCCUUUCCGUCUCCUUCUUCAUGGUCUUUGCGGUGAUGCUCCAGCUCUACGUGCAGAUCUGUAAGAUCGUUUGCAGGCACGCCCACCAGAUCGCCGUCCAGAGACAUUUCCUGGCCAGUUCCCACUACGUCACCACCCGAAAAGGCAUCGCCACCUUGGCCAUCAUCCUGGGCACCUUCGCUUCCUGCUGGUUGCCCUUCGCCGUCUACUGUCUCCUGGGGGACUACACCUACCCUGCCCUCUACACCUACGUCACCCUCCUCCCCGCCACCUACAACUCCAUGAUCAAUCCUGUCAUUUACGCCUUCAGGAACCAGGAGAUCCAGAAGGUGCUGUGGGCCGUGUGCUGUGGGUGCUUCUCCUCCACCGUGCCCUUCCGCUCCCGCUCCCCCAGCGACGUCUGA